AUGCGGCUCGUCGCGCUCGGGACAUCCUGUGCACAACAGACCACCUCACGCACACAAAGUGCUCAUCUACUCGCACUGGAUGCACAUACAAGCUACCUCGUUGACUGUGGAAGCGAUACUGGCUUCUCCCUCCUCAAAACAGACUGCAAGCUAUCAUCUAUACGCGUAAUCUUUCUCACACAUCUACAUGCCGACCAUUGUAUCGGCCUGCCUGCACUCCUUGCCGAGUUGCUCGGUGGUCACGGCCGGAGAGCUGAAGAUGUUGCUGCAGGCAAGCUCAGAGAAGGUACUGGAGAACGGUCUCUUGAAAUCUAUGGCCCACUGGAUACACAAGAGUUUCUAAGGGCAAAUUUUCUCUUGACUUCCUCUGCCCUGGCAUCACCGUUCCGCGUCAUCGGAAUUAUUGUUUGA